AUGUUUCGUCGCCGCUGGUCCAGUCUCCCGGCUGUACCCAAGUUCACCCCAGAUCUCAAGAAGCUCGACUACUUCAUCAACGAGGAAGACGAAAUUCGCUACUUGCACAACCCCGACUUUUACUUCAAGUACUUCUUGACCAAGAACUCGAGGUACAACGACUUCCAGCGCUUCGCCUUCAACGAAGCAGUCAAAGAUGUCAUCGACUCACGUCUCGAAGCCGAAGGCCUGAAGGAGGUCCUCCUCCCGCUCGGCGUUACCAGCAAAGAUGAGCGCCACGUCAAGAUCCGUCUCAGCGAGGACAUCUCCACCAAGUCGCGCGUCGUGAUCAUCUUCGGCCAGUCCUGCCAGGACUUUGGUAUUUUGGCCCACCGUGUAGCUAGCGGACAGGGCGGCCUCAACAAGGGCUCGAUGGUGAACAUGGUCAAAGCACUCAAACAGCAGAAGUCUUCCGCGACCGACGACGCUGCGCCCGGCAUCAUUCUCGCCAACCCCGGCAACCUCUGGUGGUGGCCCGAAGGCAAGAAGGCGCUGAGUGAGUUUGCUCGUCACCAGAUUCCGGGUAGCAGUCUAGUUCAUUGGGGUUGGCACCACGAUCCGAAGAGGAACACCAUUCCGGAGAAUGCCGAUCACACGGAGCACAUGAAGUAUAUCUUUGAGAAGGUCGUGCCGCAGUUUGUCAACGACAAGACCACGAUCGAUAUCAUUGCGCUCGGCGACAUGUCGGAUGAGGUGGAGCAGUACCUUGACAACGACGAUGUCUGGGCAAAGGUCGGACACAAGCUGAACGCUCUUGUGGUUCUGGGUGGCUUUUACGAUAUGCGCGAGGCAGUCUGCGAGGACUUCAAGAAGUUCAUGGAUCGGCGUGGACGAGCCUACAUCAUGAACAAUGAUCCCCUGGACACCCUCAUUGCUGGCCCUGAGGGCGGUAGCCGCGCCGUCACCGGUUACGUUGGCUACGGUUGCCCUACUUACAGUGUCGGCCCCGACGCCGUCAUGGUGGAACUAAUCCUUGUCGAGGCCGGCUCCGUGGUCUUGAAGUGGCUGCAGGAUGUCGCUCUGGACAAGGACUACGUCAACCCGCGGGUUCACAUCUCUUUCCCCGAGGAAGAGGAGGAUGACGGUAAAUGGCCAGGAUGGGAGAAGAUGAACGAUGAGUCCAAGGAGGAAGAGAUCAAGAAAGAGGGAAACGAGGAGAAGAACCACGAGGAGGAGGCCAAGAAGGUUCAAGUCAGAGUUCAGAGAGAUGGCCCCCAGCCUUCUUCUAAGGAUGAACCCGAGGGUAUCGACGAGGAGCUGGUCAGGGACAUGGCUAAGAAACAGAUGAUGGCAGAUGGUGAUGCUGACUCUGAGGAUGAGAUCUAA